AUGAAGGUCGUCAACAUGUCAUCAAAUUCAGUCUUUGGUUACGAAGGCAAUGGGAUUUACGAUGGCCAUGAAGUUACAACGAUUGCCGUAUUCUACCUGGAUCAAGCAGUGUACACACCGGGGAAGUACGAUGAUCUUUAUAAUAAAGCACUAUGUAAGCUAUCAGUUAGGAAAAACUGCAAUUUGAAGCUUGAAGUUCGACAAGUAUAUGUAGCUAGAGUUAGACGUCAAGAGGACAUAUUCGUGCUCAAGAACUGCAAAGCUGUCGAAAGAUGGACAUCAGGAGCGAAUCCUGGACAUGAUCUUGGAUGCAUCUCAUUUCACAAUCCCGGAACCUACAGCGGAAAACAUUUGGAAAAUUUCCUUUGUCGUUAA